AUGCCAGGAGGCGAGGGGCGAGAAGCGUUUCGGCAGUUUCUGAAGCGAGAUGCGACGACGCACAAGACGAGCGAGACUAAAGACAGCGAGCCGCAAGAGGAGGGAACUCGCUGGGCGCUUCUUAUCGCCGGUUCCGCCGGUUACGGAAAUUAUCGCCACCAGGCGGAUGUGUGCCACGCGUACCAGCUGCUGCGGCGGAACGGCGUGAGGGAGGAGCACAUAGUGGUGUUCAUGGUGGACGAUAUCGCUCACAACCCUGACAACCCGCACCCCGGCACCAUCAUCAACCGCCCCGACGGACCCGACGUCUACCACGGAGUUCCCAAGGACUACACGGGGCGGCACGUGACGGUGAAUAACUUCAUCGCAGCACUGCUGGGUAACGCCUCUGCCAUCAACGGUGGGAGCGGCAAGGUCGUUGCAAGCGGCCCCAACGACCAUGUGUUUGUUUACUACACCGACCAUGGCGGCCCGGGCAUUCUGGGCAUGCCCGAGCCACCAUUCCUCAUGGCUGACGAGGUGGUGGGAGCGCUGCAGAAGAAGCACGCCGACAAGGGCUUUAAGGAGCUGGUGUUCUACCUCGAAGCAUGCGAGUCAGGCAGCAUAUUCGAGGGCCUGCUUCCUCCCAACAUCCACAUCUUUGCCACCACAGCAGCCAACGCGGAGGAGAGCAGUUGGGGCACGUACUGUCCGGGGAUGAACCCCCCUCCGCCCAUUGAGUACGAGACUUGUCUGGGGGACCUUUACAGCGUCGCCUGGAUGGAAGACAGUGAUAUCAACGACCUUACUCAUGAGACCCUUCGCCAGCAGUACCACCUGGUCAAGGAGCGCACAUCCAACCAUGGCACAUACGACGCCGGCUCGCAUGUGAUGCUGUUCGGGGAGAAGGCCCUCGGCACCGACCCUGUCUCAGACUUCCUGGGUGAUGCGUCCCUGGCUCCUGAAUCCGGUGCUAAUAGCGAGGAUGCUUAUAACGAGGAUGCGGGCAUGACCCCGUGGGUGCCGUUUACUUUGACUGCGCUGCUGGGCGGGGGCUUUGGCAGGGGCAAGGGGAGGGGCAGGGGUGCGGUGCUGUCGGCGGGGCAGAGGAUGUUUGCUGCAGGGGAAGCGGUUGGCGUGGUGGGGCAGCGUGAUGCAGAGGUGCUGCACCUGUGGCACAAGUAUAAGAACGCUCCGGAGGACUCACCACGCAAGCAGGCAGCCAUGGCCGCCCUGAGCGAGACGUUCACCCACCGCCGCCACGUGGACCAAUCGGUGCGCGCCACGGUGGCUGCAGCAGUGGGUGAGGGGCAUGUGGAGGCGAUGCUGCAGGGGAAGCAGGCAGAGGGGAAGGCUCUUGUGGACGACUGGAUGUGCCUCAGGGGGAUGGUGCGAGCGUACGAGGCGAGCUGCGGGCGCAUAACGCAGUACGGUAUGAAGCACAUGCGUGCAUUCGCCAACCUCUGCAAUGCAGCUGUGCCUGUUCACACUGUUGCUGCUGCAGCCCAGGAGGCAUGCCCUGCUGCUGCCAAUGCUGUUCCCGCAGGCCUGCUCAUUGCUCCUGGAGGUUUCUCGGUUCGACGAAAGCGUCGUCGCAAAGUUUUUGUCCAAUCGUUCAGUUACAAAGCAGCAGGAGUGUCGUGCGAGGGCGUGGUUACAGGAGCAAUGGCGUGGCCGAUCUACCUCUAUCUUCCCAACAUCGUCGGGUACUUUCGCAUCCUGGCGAACGUAUGGGCCUUCGCCAUCGCUCUGUCUGAUCCCCGCCUCUUUGUCGCUCUUUACUUCUUCAGCUUCUUCUGUGAUUACGUGGACGGACGUUUUGCCACGUGGUUCAAUCAGAAGUCAACAUUCGGCGCUGUUUUGGACAUGGUAACGGACAGGAUGAGCACCACCUGCUUGCUCCUCGUGCUCUCCCACCUUUACCCGUCGCUCAUGGGUGCAUGCAUGGCGCUGCUGGUGCUGGACUUGACAAGCCACUGGUACCAGAUGUACAGUUCCUUCCUAGUGCGCAAGGCAAGUCACAAGGACGUGGCAGCAACGGACUUUUGGCUCAUGCGCUGGUACUAUGGCAGCCGCCCCUUCAUGGCCUACUGCUGCAUCGGCGCUGAGUUGCUGUACCUCGUGCUCUAUCUCGACUCAGACCCACUCAACCAACAAGUGCAGGUUUCCCUGCCUUACCUCGGCCCCACGGGGGUCAUUAGAACCCUUGGCCUGCUGUGCCUCCCUGGUUGGGCGCUCAAGCAAAUCACUAAUGUUGUUCAGUUGUCUCAGAUGGGGAGGCAUGGCAGUAGUCGACAACUUGGCUGGCGCGAGGAGCAAAUCGCUUGUGGUCUCGUCUUGGCGGCUGUACUCUUCUCCUUAGGCGUCGCAGCAGCAGCGCCAGGCGAGGGCAAGGGCCUGUAUCUCGUGCACAUGACGUCAGCGCCGCCGGUUGUCGCAUACCGCGGAGGGAUCGCGGGACUCUCGGCGACGGCGGUGGCGGAGGAAGACGAGCCUUCCCCUGGCCGGACGUACCGUGGGAGCGCGGGGGUCAUGGGGGAGCGGGCGCGCGCGGGGAAGGGUCCGCGGCAGCUGCGGCCGCGCGCGGACGAUCCGCAUGUGCGCGCGUACGCGCAGCACCUGACGUCGCUGCACGAAAGGACCCUCACUUCUGUCGGUGUCGCGUCCACCAGUAUGGUGUACAGCUACAACUUCGCCGCCAACUCCUUCUGCGCGGAACUCACCCCCACGGAGGCGCAGCAGCUGCGCGCGCGCCCGGACGUGGGGCGCGUGGCGCGCGGGCGCAAGGUGCGCGCGCUGACCACGUACUCCCCGCGCUUCCUGAAGCUGGGCGCGCCGAAGGGCGCGUGGGAGGCGAACGGGGGGAAGAUGAGCGCGGGGGAGGGCGUGGUGGUGGGGAUUCUCGACACGGGCAUUUGGCCCGAACAUCCGUCGUUCGCAAAUCAGGGCUACGGGCCCCCUCCUAAGCACUGGAAGGGCGCGUGCACGGGGCUGAAGAAGUGCAACGGCAAGAUCGUGGGCGCGCGCUACUUCCUCUCCGCGUACGAGCGCGAGUACGGCAAGAUCGCGCCUGGGGAGUACCGCUCUGUGCGGGACGCUGGCGGCCACGGCACUUGGUGUGCGGGAGCGGCGGUGGGCAACGGCGGGGUGGUGCUCACAGAGCGGGACGGCACGCCCAUCGGGACAGCCAGUGGCAUGGCGCCACGUGCCAGGCUGGCGGUGUACAAGGCGCUUUGGUACAACGCGUCAGAUGGGUACGGCCACGACUGCGACAUCUUUGCAGCCGUUGAUCAGGCCGUCGCGGACGGUGUGGAUGUGCUCUCCAUGAGCAUUGGGUCCGGCGAAGACACCUACUUUGGUGACCUGCCGCUACUGCGUGCAGCAGAGGCUGGUGUAUUCAUUACCCUAGCGGCGGGUAAUGCGGGGCUGCCGGGUAUGGGCGGCACGUACCGCACCAUCAGCAACACGUCGCCCUUCUAUCUCACCGUCGCCGCCAGCACCACCGACCACGACGCCGCCAUGCUUUACGACUCGUCCACCGCCGCUACAGCCACUGCUACAGCCGCCGCCGCUACAGCCGCUGCUACAGCCGCCGCUACGGCCGCCGCUUACGGAAAAAACUCGUCGUAUGUGGCAGAGGGUGCAUCAGCAGCAGCCGGUAAACGCGGAUUCGUCUCCCAUGCCUCGCGGCCCGGGAUCCUUCAGGCCGUUUACGAGGCGCCGGUGAUCGCGCCGUUUUCCUCGGCGGGACCGCCGCUGAACCCCGCGCGGCCGCCGCCAGCCACGCUGCAAGUAACUAACGAUAUUCUUAAACCGGAUGUUACUGGACCGGGUAUGGAUCUAGUAGCUGCUGCUCCCGGCGGGACUUCUAAAGACGCGUGGUACAAUAUGAAAAGCGGCACCUCGAUGUCUACUCCGCAAUUGGCGGGAAUCGCGGCGCUGGUGAUUCAAAAAUAUCCCAACUGGCGACCCGCGGCGAUAAAAUCGGCGAUAAUGACGACAGCGUAUAAAAUGAACAACCGCGGAGGAGUAAUUCGCACGUUUGACGGAACUACUGCGACGCCAUGGAAUUACGGAUCUGGGCAUGUGAAUACUACGGCGAUGCUUGAUCCUGGGCUGGUUUACGACGUCGGGCGAAAGGGUUACUUCAACUUCCUCGCCGGUGUGAACAUGGCUGCUGCGAACAAGGCGUUUCCGGCGAAGAAGCUGUCGCCGAUCAAGCCAUGGAGUUUGAACCAGCCGAACAUUUGCGUUUCGCGACUGUCGAGCGUGGUUACCGUCACUCGCACCGUCAAGAGUGUCACGGCGAAGGCGCAAACCUACCAAGUGCAGGUUCGCAUGCCUGCGAAUGUGGACGUCCAGGUUACACCAAAGCAGUUCACGAUUUUGCCGAAGCAAACUGUUACAUUCCAGGUGAAGCUGACUCCAAAGAAAAAUACAAAUCAGUUUUCAUUUGGAGAACUGGUAUGGUCAGAUGGUAAGCAUAGAGUAAAGUCAGUCUUAGCAGUACAGCCCAUGGCUGCAUUGUAA